CCCCUCCUCCUCAGGUGAGGCCGCAGGCUCGGCAGGCCCCACGCUGCUGGCUGCUGCUGCCACCCUUGCCUCCCGGGCUGCCCGCUGCUGUGGGGACACCAUGCCCCUACCCAGGCCCGGAGACUAACCCCAAACCUGCACCAUCUCCGGCGAACCCCAGGGUUCCGCCCCAGCCCAACAGGUCAACCUGGGAAUCAUUAACAGGUCAACCUGGGAGUCCCUGACAUGGCGAAGAAGGAGGAUGAGGAACCUGGGACUCACAGAAGUGGUUCCACUUGUCCAAGGCCUCAGACAGGAAAGGGGUACUGGCCCACUGCCCGGGCCUUGCUGCGCUGAGGACAAACCUGGCAGUGGCCCCAGCUUGGUGUCUGUUGCAGGUGGCCGGGCUGCACCGUGCUGCUCCAGACCCAAGGUGGCAGCUCUCACCGUGGGGACCCUGCUGCUCUUGACAGGCAUUGGGGCUGCAUCCUGGGCGAUUGUGACCAUCAUACUGCGGAGUGACCAGGAGCCGCUGUACCCAGUACAGGUCAGCCCCGGGGACUCUCGGCUCGCAGUGUUCGACAAGACGGAGGGGACUUGGAGGCUGCUGUGUUCCUCACGCUCCAACGCCAGGGUGGCAGGGCUUGGCUGUGAGGAGAUGGGCUUUCUCAGGGCCCUGGCACACUCGGAGCUGGAUGUGCGAACUGCAGGCGCCAAUGGCACGUCGGGCUUCUUCUGCGUGGACGAGGGCGGCCUGCCUCAGGCCCAGAGGUUGUUGGAUGUCAUCUCUGUGUGCGACUGCCCUAGAGGCCGAUUCCUGACUGCCAUCUGCCAAGAUUGUGGGCGCAGGAAGCUCCCUGUGGACCGCAUCGUGGGGGGCCAGGACAGCAGCCUGGGAAGGUGGCCGUGGCAGGUCAGCCUGCGUUAUGAUGGGACCCACCUCUGUGGGGGAUCCCUGCUGUCCGGGGACUGGGUGCUGACAGCUGCACAUUGCUUUCCAGAGCGGAACCGGGUCCUGUCUCGAUGGCGAGUGUUUGCUGGUGCUGUGGCUCGGACCUCGCCCCAUGGCGUGCAACUGGGGGUUCAGGCUGUGAUCUAUCAUGGGGGCUACCUCCCCUUCCGAGACCCAACCAGCGAGGAAAACAGCAAUGACAUCGCCCUGGUCCAUCUCUCUAGCCACCUGCCUCUUACAGAAUACAUCCAGCCAGUGUGUCUCCCUGCUGCAGGGCAGGCCCUGGUGGAUGGCAAGCUCUGUACUGUGACCGGCUGGGGUAACACCCAGUACUAUGGCCAGCAGGCUGUGGUGCUCCAAGAGGCCCGGGUCCCCAUCAUAAGCAACGAGGUCUGCAACAGCGCCGACUUCUACGGCAAUCAGAUCAAACCGAAGAUGUUCUGUGCUGGCUAUCCCGAGGGCGGCAUUGACGCAUGCCAGGGUGACAGCGGCGGCCCCUUUGUGUGUGAGGACAGCAUAUCUGGGGCGUCGAGGUGGCGGCUGUGUGGCAUUGUAAGCUGGGGUACGGGCUGUGCUUUGGCCCAGAAGCCAGGCGUGUACACCAAAGUCACUGACUUCCGGGAGUGGAUCUUCCAGGCCAUAAAGACUCACUCCGAAGCCAGUGGCAUGGUGACGCAGCCUUGACCCCGCCUCAUCUCGCUGCUCUGCGCAUGCCUCCAGAGCCAG